AUGAAAUGAAACAAUUUGGGGGAAGAAAGAAGAUCUGCAAGGAGAUUCUCUCGUCUCCCCUGCCUAAUUCGACCGUUCCUUUUUCUCAAAUUUGAAACCAGGAAAGCCAUCAGUUGGGGAUUUAGGGGAAAUUGGGCAGGGUUUAGGAUCCCGAUCGUAUGGCAUCGGCACAGGUCCCGCCUAAUUCGAGGAAGUUAGGGCAUCUCGAAGCGGGGAAGAAAAAGUUGGAGGAGUUCCGUAAGAAAAAGGCUGAAGGACGAGCUAAAAAGGCUGCAUCUACGGGGCAAUUGGUAUCUGCUGAUGUAGAUCAACAACAAAAAGUCCCUCAAAAGAAUGAGCAUGUGAGAGAUGGAACUACAGCUUCUACUGAUACUGAUUCCUGUAGGUCGAGUUUUACUGGUCAAAAUGAAGUAGUUGAUUCUUCCCAUAGCACAGAGGUUCACUCCUCAAACAGGAUGCAUGGUAGCUCUCCUGUCUUGUUUGACGGUAAUCAUGCAUUAUAUGGUGAAACAGUACAAUAUGCAGGGAAAGAAGUACCUAAUGUAUAUGAAAAAUCUAGCUUCCCUCAACUUGUUAAUGGUUAUCAUGAUCAGUGGAAGGAAAAUAGUGAUCUUAAUCACAAAAAGAAUGCAAAGGUCGAAACAUCCUGUGCUAAUGCAACAGAUCAGUCUGACACUUUUAGUGCAGCGAAGCCAAAUUCAUACCUUGAUAUGAACAUCAGUAAUUCAGGUUUGCAUUCAUUUUCCACUGCUCCACCUAAUGAAGGUAUAUAUUUAUCAAAGGUUCGCUUGAGUCAUCCUGAAACAGCUUUUUCUAAUUCCUUGAGCACUGCCAAGAACCCAGAGAUGGCUUCUGAACGAAACAGGCUGGGGUUUCCAAGCACUUCAGCUAGCACUUCGGUAUUACAUAAAGGUAAAGAAUCAUCUCCUGAGAUGGAGUUCUCUUAUCCUGGUAGCUCGUACAAAAACAGUGGUACUGAUAUUGGCAUCAUAGGAGGGAAGAUUGCUCCCUCCACUGAUUACAGCGUUAAUGUUGACAGUGCCCGUUGGCACGCAGGAGAACCUUCAUACAGAGAUCCUAGUUUGGUUUAUAAAGGCACACAAUAUGAAGAUCCCUUUCCUCCAACUGGUUUUGGAACUAAUUCUGGUCGAUCUCGUCCAUCUUUUCUUGAUUCUCUAGGUGUUUCUAGAGGUUCUUCAAUGUUUUAUGCUCCAUAUCAAGAGCCUGAGAAAGCAAAUAUGCCUGGAUCGUUUGAUAUUUCAAGGGCUCAAAGUACAGAGGUUCCAUUAUCUUCUCCUGCAAAGCCAUUUGGAGAGCUCACCCCUGCUAAACACUCUUUAAAUUCAACCACUUAUAGUUUUAAAAGUGAUAAUAAGUUACCCAUGGAGACUUUUGUUUCUUCAAACAAUGAGAAACUGGUGAAGCCGGCUGGGGAUCAUCAUGCACAGAGGGACCAUGAGUUCACUUCAAAGGACGAAGAUUUUGCAGCUCUGGAACAGCAUAUUGAAGAUUUGACACACGAAAAGUUUUCACUUCAAAGAGCUCUGGAGACAUCAAGAACAUUAGCAGAAUCCUUAGCUGCUGAGAAUUCAUCUUUGACAGAGAGCUAUAACCAGCAGGGCCAAAUUGUCAGCCAAUUGAAAUCUGACAUGGAAGGGUUGCAGGAAGAAAUCAAGGCUCAACUGUUGGCUAUUGAAUCUGUAAGAUCAGAGUAUGUGAAUGCACAAAUGGAAUGCAAUGCUGCAGAUGAAAGAGCAAAAAUACUUGCAUCUGAAAUCAUUGGCUUGGAAGAGAAGGCACUCAGAUUAAGGUCAAAUGAGCUGAAGCUGGAAAAGCAGUUGGAGAACUUGAGUUCUGAGAUCACAUCAUACAAGCGCAAAGUGUCACUUCUAGAGAAAGAGCGCCAAGAUUUUCAAUUCAUGGUUGAUGCCCUGCAAGAAGAAAAGAAGCUCUUGCAAUCCAAGCUGCGGGAAGUCUCUACAAAUGAUAAACCUGAUGCUAAGAAGAUCUCCGUUAGAAAAGAUGUUUCUACCUCAACGGAGAAUUUAGGUGUUGAGCCUUUCAAUUUGGUUUAUGGAGAAACGAGUACUGCAAAUAUGAUGCUGAACGAUUCCAUAAAUCAAGUGCAAAGUAGUGCAAGAAUGGUUCCAUCUACUGAUACUUCUACAUCCUCUCCGUUGCCUGAAGAUGGGACAUUUGCUCUUUCAGAUGCUUCUGGUGAUAUUCCACAUGAUCAACAUAGAAUGGUCGAAAAUAUUAAUUCAUUGAUAUCUGAGUUGGCUUUGGAGAAAGAAGAGCUAGUUGGAGCUCUGAAAAUUGAGUUGAUGAAUUGUGCCAAGCUGAAGGACUUGAACAAGGACCUGUCACAAAAACUGGAGGCACAAACACAGAGACUAGAGCUUCUGACUGCCCAGCGAAUGGCUAAUGAAAAUAUCUUGGCAAGACCCUUAGACACCCAGAGUGUGCAAGAUACAACAGAAUAUGCUGAUGAGGGAGACGAGGUGGUUGAAAGGGUUUUGGGUUGGAUUAUGAAGCUUUUCCCAGGAGGUCCAUCGAAGCGUCGCACCAGCAAACUUCUGUGAUAAUCAUUGUUUUAUUUCGUCUUUGUAAUUUUCAUUUGUUUAUUAAUAUGGGUUUUUGGAUAGAAUCCUUUAUCAUUGUACAUUGCGUCAUUCUUUAUUACAGAAGAAAAAUGAAAUAUGGGGUUUUGUUCCAUGAAAUGUGCAUGGAAGAACCCCCUUCUGCGUGGAAAUAAGUUGUGUGGCCCUUCUUGUUGUCAGUAUCUUUGUUUUCUUUUCUCGGAGAAGUGCCUGCGUAUCUAUUGGGCCUACGAGAACAAAAUGUAAUGGACUCUUCAUUUACGUUAACUUUUUCUCCCCUUUGUCUGUGUCC